CUCAGUGUUUGUCAAUCAGAAAUUGUCAUUGUGUGGACAAUAACGGCUGUGGAAGGGAGGGGACAACUGGGUUUCCAGCACUGUCGUAGGCACAAUGCUCCUAGGGGGCUGAUAAGUGGAGCAUAGACAGGCCUCGAGAGGGAGAUGCUACAAUCAACCCAUAUGUUCAAGAUGAGGGAGGAACAGAUGUCCCUCUUGAUCUAAAUCUACAGGGUGAAAGUUUCUAGAUAGGAAAUAAAAGGUAAAUGAAAUAUCUGUGAUUUCAAAUGAUAUGAUAUAGACAAUAAAGGACAAGAGGCUCCCAUGAAGGAAAUACACUCACUCCUUUCCUUUCUGACAGCAGAGAACCUUGAGAUGACCAAGUAUGGAAAGCCUACUUUGAAGUGGUAAACUGGUGCUUCCUCAGAACCCAGCAGACACAGCAGUGGACACAUACUCUCCAUCAUGAUGUUGAGUCCCAACCAGACAAUGGUGACAGAGUUUGUGCUGGAAGGGUUCUCAGAGCACCCUAGUCUACGACUGCUCCUGAUUGGCUGCUUCCUGACUCUCUACACAAUGGCUCUAACAGGCAACAUUGUCAUCAUUGCUUUGGUCACUUCCAGCACUGGGCUCCACAGUCCCAUGUACUUUUUCCUGUGCAACCUGGCCACCAUGGAUAUUGUCUGCACCUCCUCUGUGCUGCCCAAGGCAUUGAUUGGUCUUGUGUCUAAGGAAAACACCAUCUCCUUCAAGGGGUGCAUGACCCAGCUCUUCUUCCUUGUCUGGUCUGCAUCCUCUGAGCUGCUGUUGCUCACAGUCAUGGCCUAUGACCGUUACGUGGCCAUCUGCCAUCCCCUGCACUACAGCUCUAGGAUGAGCCCACACCUGUGUGGGGCCCUGGCCAUGGCUGUGUGGUCCAUCUGUGCUCUGAAUUCAUCUGUCCAUACUGGCCUGAUGACACAGCUGUCAUUCUGUGGCCCCAACGUCAUCACCCACUUCUUCUGUGAGAUCCCCCCACUUCUCCUCCUCUCCUGUAGCCCCACACGUAUUAAUAGCAUUAUGACUCUUAUGGCAGAUGCCUUUUAUGGAGGCAUCAACUUCUUCUUCACCUUACUCUCCUAUGGCUGCAUCAUCGCCAGCAUCCUGCGCAUGCGUUCUGCUGAGGGCAAGAGGAAGGCCUUUUCUACCUGCUCCUCCCACCUCAUCGUGGUCUGUGUGUACUACUCGUCUGUGUUCUGUGCCUACAUCAGUCCUGCCUCCAGCUACAGCCCAGAAAGAAGCAAAGUGACCUCGGUGCUGUACUCAGUGCUCAGCCCAACCCUGAACCCCCUCAUCUAUACACUGAGGAACAAGGACGUCAAGCUGGCCCUGGGGAGACUCUUGCCCUCUUUCUCACAUUAAGUGAAUAUGUGAAGGAUAUUCUGCUAGCCUGGACUGUUUCUAGACAUGCUUUCCUGAGAGCAGCCCCAUGGAAAGGGGGUAUACCUGUUGCUGUUUUAGAAAAACAUUCUCUGAUGCAAGGACUGAACAAUUCUACUUACUGUAACAUUUAAAGAAAGACAAAAUUCUUUAGAUGUAAUGCAAACAAACAAAAAAAACCACAAGUUUUAUCUCCUAACUAGCACAACCCAUUUCAAAAGUAAAUUUUAUGUAAAUGGAGAUUUCACUUUCCUAGACUAGAAGAUUUAAGUAGGUGACAAUGGUGAUAGUCACAAAACAAAGCCCUUUUCUCCCGUAGCAACCGGUAAACAUUAUGGGACUAUUCAGAACUAUGGCUAAGGAUCUAGACUUCAAGGAAACUUGAAGGGACAGAAUGGCCCUAGUGUCUCGGGAAGUCCAAAGCUGAGUGGCUCAGGUCCUCCAUUGCACAUCUUCUCCCUGAGCUGUGGAAGGGAAAGGUGGGAGGGAGAAGGAGGAAAUCUAUGGAGCAGAGAUUAAGUUUCAAAAAUGAACUCACAUGUGUGUGCCAGCUUGCUUAUGACAGUGAUGGUAACUGAACUCCUGGUAAAGAUCAAUUAUUUCCCACAGUGUGUUUGGGGUAAGGGAGAAGAAUGUCUACAGGCAAAGGGUGAAAUGGAACUCUCUCUAUGAAAGA